AUGAGGGCUGUGUGGUAUCGUUUUACCCUGCUCUCACACAAUCGCCUGUCUCUUGAGCCACCAUUUUGAAGCUGUGUUCGUUAAAAACCGUGGUUUGAGUUUUAGUCCUUUUGAAUGGUAACAGCUGUAACAAUUCAAAGCACGCUGUGAAUAAUUUAUGAAAAUGUAAGGUACCUGAACUGAAUACACUCCCACACAUGGCUGGAAAGAGAGGAAUCUACCAACUCCCACUCCCACCAUUUUAUAAGAUUCUUCCAUUACAAAAUCAUGACUAAAUCGUUUAUCAUCUCUGUGGUCUACCAGAAGACCUGAGGGAGCUUUAGUGCCUUCAUGACACAGCCCUUCCCAAUAUAUGAUACAUAACAGGCUAAUUCAAAUCAGGACCUCGAAGCCAGUUCCAAUCCUGAUUUUCAAUCUUCCCCUCUAAUCAAGGACUGAUUUAGACAUAGGACACCAGUGGUGUAAUCAUUAGUCCUAAUGUUAUGAAGCUAAAACAAGAGUUUCUAUUGGACAAAUUCAGGUAGGUCCCCUACAUUUUCAUUCCAUUUGCUGCUGUUUAAGAAACAUUUUGCAACAGAAUCGCCGUAAUGAAUACACCCCAGGUCGGUGCAAUUAAUUAUCAGGUAAAACAGAAAACCUGCAGUAUUCCGGAUUUCCAGGCUUGAAUUUGAAUACCCCUAAUAUAUAAUACUCUCUCGUUCUCUCUGUCUGUCUCUCUCUCUCUCUCUCUCUCGCUCUCUCUCUCGCUCUCUCUCUCUCUCUCUCUCUCUCUCUGCAUCUCUCCUUGUGUCUCUGUCUCUGUCUCUGUCUCUGUCUCUGUCUCUCUCUCUCUCUCUCCAGCAGUCAUAUGUGUCCUCCGGCCACCAGAUGGCACCCCCCAGUCCCAACAGCAGCAGCAACAGCAGUGUCGGGGGAGGGGAACAGCUGAGUAAAACUAACCUGUACAUCCGCGGUCUUCACCCCGGGACCACAGACCAGGACCUGGUCAAGCUAUGCCAGCCGUAGGUCUUCUCCUCCUACUUGCACACUUUCUUUUACACGGGUAGGGCGAAGUUGCCCCUAGAUGCUGAUUUAAGAUCAGUUUAGUAUUUUCAUCCUGGUGGUUAGAGUUAGGAUGGAAGCAGGAUAAACUAAUCCUAGAUCUGUGCCCACAGGUGACUUCUACCUGGAGCUCUUCAACAGGUGCUACUUUGCCACAAAGUGACUACGGUUAUUACUUUCAGGCUACCUAUAUAAAAGCUUACCCCCAGAUCAGAACUGCAUUAUGGUUGGCGAUACAACCUACUCGUGUUGCGACAAGGGUUGUUGUGACUGGAUAUUGCGCAUUUUCAGGGUUGCUAUGGGGAAAGUUACAUUUGGGGAAAGUUACCCCUGACGCAUGUACUGCACACUAACCAAGGCCAUCCAUUGUUUCAGGUACAAUGCACAUUACAGACUCACAAUAUAAGUUGCUGAAAGUAAAAGGCUUGUGUCAGCAGCAGUGCUACAGCUAGGUGGAGUUGGAAGAGCAUGUGUUUGUAACAAGCUAUUCUUUAUAAUCCCAUAAUUUACGUAAUGAUACUAUAACCAUAGAAUGUGAUCAAAUGGGUGAUUUAUAGAAUUGAUACCUACACCUGGGGAAUGACUGUAUUCACCCCAGUCCAAAUGAAGCAUGUGAAUCAGAAUGUGUGAAUCAAAGUCCAUUUGAAAUAAUUACUAUAUAAAGAGUCGAGAAGUGUAAGGAAAACCAGGGGAUUAAACAGAUAGAAAUGAAGAGAGAAAUAUAGAUUAAAUACAAGUUAUAGAGAGGGAGGGAGAGAAGGGGCCAGAAAGGGGUAAACAUCCUCCUCCAUGUCCUGAUGUAACCUCCCUCACUAAAGAGACUGGAGAGGCUCAGCAGGAGAAAACCAAGACCCACAUCCAACAAGUCACCAUCUACAAACAACACACACUCUUAAACUGGCCUUUCACACACACACACACACACACACACACACACACACACACACACACACACACACACACACACACACACACACACACACACACACACACACACACACAGGAAUGAUUUAAACAAACUGUUGAGUGGGAGAGAGGUUAGAAGAGGACUCUGUGAUCAUCUAGGCCAUCAGAAUACCAAGGAAACUUCCAAAUUCCCUAUAUAGUGCUGUAUUACCAAUUGGCAAGCCUGGAGAUGUAUGUGUUGUAGUGUUGAAUAAACAAUCAGGAAAGAUGGAUACAUUAGGAACUACAGCCAGAAGCAUCAAGGUCAUACAUAGUGGACACACACACACACACACACACACACACACACACACACACACACACAGAAAACAACACAACAUAACACAACACAUACAGUCAAAAAAGGCGGGCUUGCUUUCACUAACAAAAAACGUAACAUCCAGCCCAGGCACCAGAGAAACCACACCAGUAGUGAACAAGUUGUGCACUUGUUCACUACUUCCCACAAAUCUUAAAGCAUUGGAUUGGUGGAGCCAUGGGCUAGUGAGAGUUUCCACCAUAUUUCUUAUACCAGUCAUUUCCUGUCAAAUCAGUGAAGGGAAGUGAACAAUUGCACACUUUGGGAAGAAGGAGAGAGAAUUGGUAUGCAGACACAGCCUCUGUUAAUAGGGUCCAGUUUUGAUGCAUUCUGAUUAUUGUUUGGAUAAGUGAAGGAGUGUAGAGUGAGUGACCUAGAGAGGAGUAUGAAUUUUUAAUUGCUAUUUAAAACAGAAAACUCUGAACAGGGUAAAGACUGGAGAUUGACAUCAAGUUGGAGAGGGAGGGGUGGGUUUGUGUAAUAUGUGUUGGAGAAGGGGAGGUGGGGAGGGGGAUUCGCAGAAAAGUGAACCUUGGAGGGGAAAUGCAAUUGACUGGGAAAAGAAUACCAUGGCAUGCUGGGUAAAGAAUGCCACAGGCCUGUAAGUGGGUCAGAGUUGACAGCUAAGACAUUCUACCCCAUCCUCCCCUCCCUACUACACACACACACUUUACAACAAUUGUUGAUGAAGUUGAGGUAGGAGGAAGGUCAGAGAGUUACCGCCCCACAACCUUUGAACUGUUCAACAGGAUGCAUGACUUUGUUAAUGACAACACAAACUAUUACUCUCUCUCUCCAUUACAAAAGAGGUCUCAUCCCCACCAAAAAGUUGGUGGGUAUUGAGUGUUUAUGUAUGGUUGUGGUCAUAUGGCUCAAGGUAGAAAUUCCUCCCUAUUCACAGAUCUAAAAUCAGAUUACCUAACUUCCAAUACUAACCAACAAUGUCAGAGUUUAGGGGCAACUUCAUCCUACUCCAUGUGUGGCCACUAAUGCUAACGGCCAGGCUUUAGGACCCAGAGGUGGAAAGAGAGAGCGGGAGCAGAGGACAGUGGAGAGAGAGAGAGGGGACAGGAAGGGGUGAGGGAUCCGGUUACACUCCACCCCAGCGCUUUGUCAGGGCCAGCCAGUGGAACACCAGCCUCCCUCGCUGACUGCAUUACACAGAGACAGUGGAGGGCAGGGCCUCUCUCUCUCUAGUAGAAGUCAGGAUGGCCGAGCAGUCUAAGGCGCUGCGUUCAGUCUCCCCUGGAGGUGUGGGUUUGAAUCCCACUUCUGACAUCUAUUUUAUUUCACUAUCCUAUACCAUUGUACUGUAAAGUUACACUGCAUACUACUAAGCAAUACUUUAACUUUCCUAUUCUAGUGCUCUUUGUUUAUAUUGUAGCAAAUCUGGGGGUGUAGCCCCGACCAGGAUUCAAACCCGGGUCCAGUGACUGUCAAGCCAACACCUUAACUCUAUUAUGUUUUGCUCUAUUUUUCUAUACUAUCAGUGAUGGCUAUACAGGACAGUCUGUGUCACAUUAGGCUGUCAGUUCUCUAAAGUGCCACCAUUUUGGUCGAAUAGGCCUGUGUUCAUAAAUAUUUGCUGUGUGACCUCAAAUGUUUAUUUGGUAGUACCAGUGUGCUUAGAAAAAUAUUCACCCAGAUAAUACAUUGAACGGCAAAAUUGUAGUUGUGCCUCUGGGUUUGGGAGCAAGCAAAGUUGUUACAUUUGUGUGUUUGUUUCAUGUCUGGUGAGCCCUGGCUGUUGUUACAUUUGUAUCAUCAUCAUAGUGGCGUGCAUCUUGAGCAUGUUCAUAUGAUACUUUGUAUCAUUUCACCUCUAACCUGUGAGAGUGAAGAUGAAAUUCAGCAACUCUUUGAGUACAGUAGAAGUUAUUUGCUUCUGUAUUGAUAAAAUUAGGGGCGCCACUUUUUAUAAGUGGGGGGACAUUAAAAAAAGUAAUUAAUUAUCCAGUCGGAUAAACACUCCAAACAGCCUACCCGACCGCUUGGAGGCGUCCGCAUGGUACUAAAGCACACCAUUGCCUCGUUUUGUAUCACAUUCCAAUGAUAAAACUGGGGGGGACAAAAAUGCAAUUUCAGAAUGUGGGGGGGGGGACAUGUCCCCCAUCUCCAGUGAAAGUUGCACCCCUUGUUAAAAGUAAAUACUAAUGUGUUAGUCUUCAGCUGGAUUUUACAGUGAAAAAUGACAGAGGCUUUUAUAUGUUUCAAAAUUACGUACUGCUUGCCUAUUGGUCGGAUUUUUGCAACUAAUUUACCAAUUAUAUGUUUUGCCUUGUACUUGCAUUCUGAUUGGUCCCUGAACUGGUUUUGACUAGAUAGAGUAGGCCUACAGCUUAUGUCAAAAUGUACUUUUCGUGGCAGGUUAGGAGAAUUAGGUUAAGGUAAGGAAAAUGGUUAGGGUUAGCUAAAAUAAAUUUGACAAAAAUCUACUUUUGACGUCAAUUUGAUAUAAUAAUAAUAUGCCAUUUAGCAGACGCUUUUAUCCAAAGCGACUUACAGUCAUGCGUGCAUACAUUUUUGUGUAUGGUUGGUCCCGGGGAUCGAACCCACUACCCUGGCGUUACAAGCACCGUGCUCUACUAGCUGAGCUACAGACAUGACCCUCUGAACCCAUUGGAUGCCUCCUUCAAUUUACUAACUGUAAUUUUAAAACCCUGAUGAAACAUGGUCGAAGGGCAUUUUUACUUUUAACUAAAGAAGCUUUUUUUUUAUCAACUUCCACUGUCCUCCAGGAGUUGCUGAAUUUCCUCUUAACUUCAGUUUGCUCCUCAAUUCAUGCACCGUGGUCGGAGAGCGAGGUAGCAGCCGUGUCCACUUCCUUUUGCACUUUACCUGUGAGAACCAUGAGCACGGGCAAGUCUCAUUAAGCUGAUUAACAACUUGAAGGCUGCUAACUGUUUGAUAAAAAACAACCUUGUCCAGUCAUGUUAGCUAGCUGGAUAACAACAACCUGGUAACUUGACCAGUAUGAGUAUGGUUUAAGAUGGCACUGGAAGAAAGGAAAGGGUCUCCUGGAUAGCUACUAGAAGAGUGUGCUUCGAAGGUAGGAUUCAUAUAGGGCCUUCGUUUUUUUAUGGUGCUCCUAAAUACUAUUUGAUGCUCCUAACUUUUUUAGGUGGGGCUUAGCCCUUUCAAUCAGGCCAUUGAUGGACAAGGUUUCUGUCCAUUUAGGGGGCCCUUUUUGGCUCAGGAGCAUCCCCAGAGACAAAGAUUCUGUAUAGCCUAUGUAACUGUUAUAGGCUUAAAACAAUAAAAUAGUGUGUUUUAUUGUCUCAUACGCCAGAUAGGUGUAGAUUUACAGGGUCAGCAAUAGUAAUACGGCAACCCUGGAGCAAAUAUGGUAAGGGCCUUGAUCAAGGGUACAUCGACAGAUUCUUUACCUUGUCGGCUCAGUAUCCGAACCAGCAACAUUUUGGUUAUUGGCCCAACGCUCUAACUUAUUAGGUUUUGCUCUGUUUUUCUUUACUGUCAGUGAUUGGAAUGGCUAUACGGGACAGUGCAUGACACAUUAGGCAGUAUGUCCUACAUUUAUAGAGUAAAUUAAUUACUAACUACUAUAACAAACAGUAUUUUACACUGAACAGGAGAAGUUGCCUUAGUGUUUCUUUGUAGCUUUUUUCAUAAAGGUGAGGUGGAGUGAAAAACUUAAUUUAAAAGAGAACAGACACUGUGUUGAAGGUGUAUGUUUACCCACAUGAAGAAAUACUACAGUUACAUUUUAGCAGACGAUCUUAUCCAGAGCAACUUACAGUUAGUGAGUGCAUAUAUUUUCAUACUGGCCCCCCGUGGGAAACGAACCCACAACCCUGGCGUUGCAAGCGCCAUGCUCUACCAACUGAGCUACAGGGGACUAAGUUUACUGUAGAAUACUCCAGUACUUACUAUAGAAUUCUAUAGUAAACUGUAGUAUACUGUAGAAUACUAUACUACACACUAUAGUAUCCCCCUGUAGUACUUACUAUAUAAUUUUGUAGUAUACUGUAGAAUACUAUAGUAAAUACUACAGGAAUGUCUGCAAAAACACUACAGUUUUUUAACUAUAGUAAACACUACAGUAUUUAAUUUGUAAUAAUCCUCCAAUAUUUCUCCAGUAGGUUUUGUCAAGGAGAAAGCCUCCACUUCUAUGUCAAAGAUAAUGAAACAAAAACACUGUAGUAAAUACUACAGUAAUGUCCGCAAAAACUCUACAGUAGAUGCUACAGUAUAGUACAGUCCACAAAAAACACUAGUGAAUACUAUAGUAUUUUCUCAUGUGGGUAAGUGUGUGUGUGUGCACGUGUGUGUGUGUGAGAGGCCAGUGUAGGAGUAUUUUGAGGAAUCAGAGCGGACAGGCAGGGAUAAAGACAAGCCCAGAACACAUAGUUUUUGGCCCUGGGGCUCUGUCUCCUGUCAGCUGAAAACAACACCACAGAACACAGUUACUGUACGACCCCUCCAUCACCUCUACACCCCACAGACAGACAGACAAAGAGAAGGAGGGAGGGAAGGAGCAGACGAGAGUAUCUGCGCCAGUGGAGAUCACAUUAAAGAGGCACAAACACCUGUAACCACAGCCUAAGGUGUGUGUGUGUGUGUGUGUGUGUGUGUGUGUGUGUGUGUGUGUGUGUGUGUGUGUGUGUGUGUGUGUGUGUGUGUGUGUGUGUGUGUGUGUGUGUGUGUGUGUGUGUGUGUGUGUGUGUGCACAUGCAUAAUUACCCAGCAUUAGGAAGUGUUUGUGUCUAAAUGUUAGGGAGCUUACUCAAAAUGUCCGAUAGUCACCUCUUCCUCAUAUGGUCUGAUGAUGUCAUGUUUUUGUGUUUUUGUUUUGAAGGUAUGGGAAGAUUGUUUCCACCAAGGCCAUCUUGGACAAAACCACCAACAAGUGCAAAGGUGAGAGUUCAGCAGGUUGUUUGGUUCAUGACACAGAUGCCACUUACAUUUAACCUAGAAAGAUAGUGUUAGUGUCUAGUGUUGUGUUGUUGACUGUGUCUCCUUAAACAAGCUCAUGGACUUAUGGACUCAAACUCGAUCACAAAUGUAUUCUACAAUAUUAGAUGGUAUUAGGCUAUAUGAUAUAAUAUUAAAGUAUUAGUCUGGUUACAGGUCUACUAAUAUACUGUAUAAAUCUAUGAAGCCACAUCCACUAAACUUUAGUCAUUUUACAGAAUGUCUUUAGUUAAUCUAACAACCAUUUUGAAUUCCAAUCUUACUUAUCAAUCAUGAAAAUGAUGUACAAAUUCAUAACUUUAAGUAAAAUGUGUGUAUAUGUGUUGUGUAGGCUAUGGCUUUGUGGACUUUGACAGUCCGACAGCGGCCCAGAAAGCAGUGACCGCCCUGAAGUCCAGUGGUGCCCAGGCUCAGAUGGCCAAGGUAAGACACGCACUGAUUUACAUCAACUCCACACACACACUUUAUAUAUUCACAGUCACACAUUAUCUAUUAUAAACUCCUUUUUCUUUUAUGAGUUCAAUCACUACUUCAAUGUGACUCCUUACUUCCUCACUUUCCUUAUUUCAUUGCCAAACCCAUAUGAAAAAAUACUGUUGUAUACUAUGGAAUAAAUCAUAUAGUAUUCACUGUAGUGUUUUUGCAGACUUUACUGUAGUAUUCACUGUAGUGUAUUUACUGUAGUAUACUGUAGUAUUUACAGUGAGCUAUAGUAAAAAUACUGUAGUAGAAGAAAACUUGUAUAUACUAUAGUAAUUAAUGUACUGUUUUGCGGAUUGUAGUAUACCGUAGUAUUUACUGUAGUGUUUUUGCGGACAUUACUGUAGUAUUUACUAUAGUGUUUUUGUUUUAUUAUCUGUGACAUAGAAGUGGAUGCUUUCUCCUUCAGGAAACCUACUGGAGCAAUACUAAAAGAGCAAAUUUUCCAUAACCUGUAGGUAGGACUGGGGUCUGAAUGGAUAGUUCAGCGGUUCUGCUCUUUUCAAUAAUCUGUAGGGAACACAAUAUAUGAUCUAUACUUUGCAUGUAGGUUUUUCACUUAUGGGUGGCACAAAUUGCAAUAUAGGGUAGUGGGCAGUGUAUAUGCAAAUUAAAUACUUUAGUAUUUACUAUAGUUUAAAAAGGGUCGUGUUUUUGCGGACUGUAGUGUUUUUGCGGACAUAACUGUAGUAUUGACUACAGUGUUUUUUUGCGGAUAAUACUGUAGUAUUUACUAUAGUAUUCUACAGUAUACUACAACAUUGUAUAGUAAGUACUACACAUGAUCGAGAGAUACUACAGUGUGUAGUAUAGUAUUCUAUAGUAAACUACAGUUUACUAUAUAAUUCUUAGUAAGUACUGUAGAAUUCUAUAGUAAACUGUAGUAUUUUUUUAUGUGGGAAUGUUCAGAGAACCUGAACUUUCUAAGAAUUUAUUUGAUUUGAUGGUGAAUAGACAGUUAGUCCAGCCAAGUUGGCAUCUACAGUGGGGGAAAAAAGUAUUUAGUCAGCCACCAAUUGUGCAAGUUCUCCCACUUAAAAAGAUGAGAGAGGCCUGUAAUUUUCAUCAUAGGUACACGUCAACUAUGACAGACAAAAUGAGAUUUUUUUUUUCAGAAAAUCACAUUGUAGGAUUUUUAAUGAAUUUAUUUGCAAAUUAUGGUGGAAAAUAAGUAUUUGGUCAAUAACACAUUUUCUCAAUACUUUGUUAUAUACCCUUUGUUGGCAAUGACACAGGUCAAACGUUUUCUGUAAGUCUUCACAAGGUUUUCACACACUGUUGCUGGUAUUUUGGCCCAUUCCUCCAUGCAGAUCUCCUCUAGAGCAAUGAUGUUUUGGGGCAGUCGCUGGGCAACACGGACUUUCAACUCCCUCCAAAGAUUGUCUAUGGGGUUGAGAUCUGGAGACUGGCUAGGCCACUCCAGGACCUUGAAAUGCUUCUUACAAAGCCACUCCUUCGUUGCCCGGGCGGUGUGUUUGGGAUCAUUGUCAUGCUGAAAGACCCAGCCACGUUUCAUCUUCAAUGCCCUUGCUAAUGGAAGGAGGUUUUCACUCAAAAUUUCACGAUACAUGGCCCCAUUCAUUCUUUCCUUUACACGGAUCAGUCGUCCUGGUCCCUUUGCAGAAAAACAGCCCCAAAGCAUGAUGUUUCCACCCCCAUGCUUCACAGUAGGUAUGGUGUUCUUUGGAUGCAACUCAGCAUUUGAGUUGAGUUUUUACCAAAAUGUUCUAUUUUGGUUUCAUCUGACCAUAUGACAUUCUCCCAAUCCUCUUCUGGAUCAUCCAAAUGCACUCUAGCAAACUUCAGAUGGGCCUGGACAUGUACUGGCUUAAGCAGUGGGACACGUCUGGCACUGCAGGAUUUGAGUCCCUGGUGGCGUAGUGUGUUACUGAUGGUAGGCUUUGUUACUUUGGUCCCAGCUCUCUGCAGGUCAUUCACUAGGUCCCCCCGUGUGGUUCUGGGAUUUUUGCUCACCGUUCUUGUGAUAAUUUUGACCCCACGGGGUGAGAUCUUGCGUGGAGCCCCAGAUCGAGGGAGAUUAUCAGUGGUCUUGUAUGUCUUCCAUUUCCUAAUAAUUGCUCCCACAGUUGAUUUCUUCAAACCAAGCUGCUUACCUAUUGCAGAUUCAGUCUUCCCAGCCUGGUGCAGGUCUACAAUUUUGUUUCUGGUGUCCUUUGACAGCUCUUUGGUCUUGGCCAUAGUGGAGUUUGGAGUGUGACUGUUUGAGGUUGUGGACAGGUGUAUUUUAUACUGAUAACAAGUUCAAACAGGUGCCAUUAAUACAGGUAACGAGUGGAGGACAGAGGAGCCUCUUAAAGAAGAAGUUACAGGUCUGUGAGAGCCAGAAAUCUUGCUUGUUUGUAGGUGACCAAAUACUUAUUUUCCACCAUAAUUUGCAAAUAAAUUCAUUAAAAAUCCUACAAUGUGAUUUUCUGGAGAAAAAAAAUCUCAAUUUGUCUGUCAUAGUUGACGUGUACCUAUGAUGAAAAUUACAGACCUCUCAUCUUUUUAAGUGGGAGAACUUGCACAAUUGGUGGCUGACUAAAUACUUUUUUCCCCCAUUGAACCACAAAAAGCAUAGACGGUGUUCAUGCAAACGCACUCCCUCCAACAUUCCCAGUGGUAUCAAAGGUGAGCUCUUAUACUGUACAGUAUGUUGUUAUGGCCUGAAUGGUGAUAAGUGUCCUCUUGGCACCAUCUCAAUAUCUUUAUUAACUGGCAGUUGGCUGGCAGGGAGAGAGGGAGGGUGAAGAGGUCACAGCAUUCGAGGAGAACAGGAAGGCUAUCAGAUGGAACUGGUUGUUUCUCCUCCUCUUCCCACUCUUUCCUCUUCCUCUCCUCUUCACCUCUAUUCUCACAUCUCCCCUGCCCUUUUUCACCCAUCCCUCCCUCCCUCUUUCCCUCCUCCUUUGUGUGGCUGGCUAUAUGUGUGUCCUGCUAAGCGGCCCCUGCUGUGGGCCUUGUCCUGAGCUCUUUGUGUGGGUGUUUGCAGUCAAAGGGGCUGUUGUGAGCCCAUUAAGCUGAUCCCUCUGUGCCUCUCAGGCUCCCCAUUGAGAGGGCCCCGGGAAGGGUGCCACUGCACCCGCUGUCAAUGGGACGGGGACAAUGAGCUGGCCUGUGCCUGCCUGGGUUUGUAUCUGAGCCUGGGGGCGACACUAUAGGGCUACAAUCACUCCACCCCAGCCCUGCAACAGGGUCCAAGUCACUUCACUACUACAGAGUGAAGAUGGACCAGCACAGGAAUUAAUACACUCACUUCAGAAUUAAGACAGACGAGCGAUGCAACUGAAUAUCAGGGUCCACCAAAUCACUCCUCCUGCUACCCAGAUAUUGUAUCCAAACACUCACUGUAAUAGAAUUUAGAACACAAGAGCCUAACUUACAUAAACAGUAUAACUGAGGAGUUGGUAGUGGCCAAAACAGAGGAGAGUGCCCUAUAAGAAGUCAAUUUGGGCCUGUGAGCUACAGUGAGCUACUCUGCAUCAUAGCCUGGCCUUCUGACCUGGGCUUAGGGGUCGUUAAGUUACCCAGGUAUAACUCAGUCUCUGAUUAAAAGGCUAGGAGAAAACCACAGAUACUGACACUGGUGACCACCCCGAUUUUUGCAUCUCUGAUUUAAACAGUGUCUGUCUAAAUCUGAAAUCAGACACUAAAAUCGAAUAUUUUGGCAUUAGUCAGGUUCUUUCCUUGUACUGUCACUGAAUGUGGGUCAUGUUGUUUUCAUGUUUCCAGUGUGUUGGUUCUUUAACAGUGUGGGCCAUGCUGAGCGUUAUCAUAACUCCCAGCCAGUCAGUCAUCUCUACAGAGGAGUGUCUAUGGGGCUGGCUAUGGGGCUGCCAAUGGGGCUGUCUAUGGGGCUGUCUAUGGGGCUGGCUAUGGGGCUGUUUAUAGGGCUGGCUUUGGGCUUUCUAUGGGGCUGUUUAUGGGGCUGCUAUGGGGCUGUUUAUGGGGCUGGCUAUGGGCUUUCUAUGGGGCUGGCUAUGGGGCUGGCUAUGGGGCUGGCUAUGGGCUUGGUGGGGAGGGACAGGGAAACAAUGGAAAGUGUUAUAAAUCAACAGCUCUUUACUUUACUAGAGAGCCUUCCUUUCUGCGUACAGAUGUCAGCUUACACUCACCACCUGCCUGACACACACACACACACCAGCGUGUCGCCGUAGAUGCACACUGAGCAAGACUCCGGGGUUGUGUGUCACCAGGGGAGAGAGAGAGAGAAAAAAGAGAGGGAGAGUUGGAUAAAAAGAGCGAAAGAGCGAUGAAGAGAUUACAUUUCAUUUGUGGUGUGCUUGGGUGUUGUCCAGACAUCAUUUGAAUAUCAGCAUCAGAGGAACCUUUUAAGAGAUGUUGGCCCCGCAUGCAGAACAGGAUUAGAUAGAUCAGUCAGUCUUAUCUAUGUGACUGGUCACAGUGCCACUGAGUUGUGUAACAAGGAAGUGUUUCCUUAACCACCAAUGUGGUUUAAAUCCCAGAAAUUGAACUUUCCCUCACAUUGAAUCCUGGUUAAUUUAAAGAGCUUUCUAUCUCGUGGGAGGCCAGGCCAAUCACUGCGAGACAAUGAGAAGUGUUUCAGGAUGCUGUGUGUUGACACGCUUCAGUACCAUAAAUCCACCCAGGAAUUGCUCAUUGUCAGAUCAACAGAGUGACAAGCAUGGUACAACACCCAGCUCAACUCCUGCUGAACUCCCUGUGCAAACUGAGCGUGCGUCCCAAAUGCACCCUAUUCCCUAUGUAGCGCAAUACUUUUGACCUCAAACUGAAGCUUCAGGAGGCAGCUACCUGUGUUCUUCGGCUCUCCUGUCUGUUUGACUCAGGUUCAAGCCGACUCUUUGCUUAUGGAUCAACAGAGAUAAGUGUGGAAUUACUGGUCUGUUGAUGGAACCUAUAUUUUGGCUCGGUUUCUGUCCUAAUGGAGGGAGAUGGAAAUGGAGGGAACAGCGGGAUGUAUUGUAGUCAUAUGGGGUGGUGUCAGUUGUGUUGGUGGUGUUUUUGACUGGUGGUGAUGAGGUGUAUGUGGAACUGGAAUUUAGACUUGACUGAAAUGCUAGCUUUAAACACUAUAUCUAAACCUAAGCUCAUAUCCUCUCAAUUACUCCCUGGGGCAUGAACCCGGUAACCUGAUAUUCACUAUAACAUUUCAUAACAAGUUGUUGUUUCCUCGUGCUCUCUCAAAUGUUGCAUAAAACGUUUGUGAGAGGGAAAGAGAGACUGUGGGAAUGACUGUAUCAGGAGAGAGAUAGACUAUUGCAUGAGACAGAGAAAAAAGACUGUGUACAGUCAGACACUUUUGUAGUUCCUCCCUCUCUCCUCUCUCCCACUGUACCCCCCUCUAUUUUCUUUGCUCUUCCAUUCUCCUCAUUCCCCCUUGUCUCUCCCACACCCUAUAGUUUUCUCCUUUACCUCCCUCAGUUACAGCAGAUUGUCUGAUAGAAGCACAACUCCUAUGGACCCGGUUGCUAAGCUCCUGUUGUUGUGCGAACUCUUAACUUCACGCCUGGUUUCACUUUUGAGCCCUGGAAUCAGAAUCGUCUCGCAUUCCUCUUUUAUUCAUUCUUCUGGUCUGGGCUCUUUUUCAGUCUUUCCACAUUUCCACAUACUUUUCCUCCAUUAAAAUGCUUACAUUUUCUAGUAGUUGUAUGUGUUUUUAAGAGGUGAAAAGUGCUCUUGUACUCACAAAAGCACUCACAUACAACCCACAUUCAGUCAUAAACCACUGACAAUACUAAUUUGUUAUAUCGUAUAUCUUUCAUAACCAUGACGUCACAAAUAUAUCUAACAGAAUUUAAACAGUGAAUGUAAAACCUCUUUGUUUGUGAUUACACACUGUGAGUCUGAUUUACCCUGUCUGUGUGUUUUCCUUAUGCAGCAACAGGAGCAGGAUCCCACCAACCUGUACAUUUCCAACCUGCCUGUGUCCAUGGACGAGCAGGAGCUGGAGAGCAUGCUCAAGUCCUUCGGCCAGGUCAUCUCCACACGCAUCCUCCGCGAUGCCAACGGGACCAGCCGUGGCGUUGGCUUCGCCAGGUACACAAUACAUGCUACACUAGCAGCAUCUUUAGCAACAUGCUACAUGCUACACCUGCAGCUAAAACUACAUGCUACAAUAGUAGCAGUGGUGUAGUAGAGGGUAUACGCAGGUAUAUGGCGUAUACCCACUUUUUUUUCAUUGGGCAUUGCGUAUACUCACUUCUUAAUCCCCAGGAUGCGUAUCAAAGUAGUGGAGUGGAGGUAUAUGUUAUAUCAGUUAAUAAGGCCUAUGGAACAGAUCAGAAUGUUUAGCUUAACAUUUUGAUAAACUAUUAUUUCUUCACAUUUUAAGCACAGCAAUGUGCACACGGCAUUAUGCCUAAAGUACGCGCAAAUGUUCCAAAACAGGAAUGUUCCAAAAUGCAAUUUGUGGGAAAAAUAUGUUCUAAAAUGCGCACCGCACAUGCGAGCUGUUUCAUGGACAGAGAUAGGAAUAUCCGUUAGAAAAUUUGGAAGAUAGGAGAUCUAAAUAUGCAACAACUAUUAUGGGUUGCUAAUAUGACUAGGAUAAUGCCUUUGCCUGCUAGACAAGGCCUAACCGUCUUCUGGUAGAUAGAAAGGUUUUCCCAAAAACCUUCUCAAUUAAAUGUUAACUAGCUACAAAGUAGCCCACCUGGCAGAAUUAUAUGAUUAUUAGCAUCAAUCCAGUUGCCAUUUGUUGUACAAACUCCAUCUCAUAUGAGCUACAGAAACACCGCCAACCAAACAACAGUGCUAGGUGCCUGCACACUUGAAUUAAAGGGUAACUACACUAAAAAAUCUAAAUUUCUUAGAUUUUUCCCAGACCUCAAAAGUGGUCUCCUGAUGUGGUUAAAGCAUUGUUGUGGAAUUUUGUUGUUUUUCUAUAAAACAAACUGUGAAUUUAUCUAGGCUUCCAUCCAAUUGGCGAAAGAUUUUCAUGCGAAUAUUCGAAAAUCUGCAUAAUAAAAACAACAUGUGAAUUUUCCCACCUGAGAUGUGUUUCCAUCAAAAUGACUUGCGGGUAAAAGGCUGUGUGCACAUAAACAUUUAUUUUGCGGUUCAAUUCCGAUCAUGUACCGAAUAAUUCAUCGUAACUUAUUUCAUCUGUAGCCUAAUAAACUGCAUGCUUUCCCGAGUCGAAAUGGGAGGACCACACAACAUGUAAUCGCGUGACUCCAAGUUUACUUCAAUAUGAUAGUUGUUAUAUAAAUAUUGGCUCAUAAAAGCGUGUCCACCACCUUUUCUCGCAUAAUUAAUUUUAUUGACACAAAAUGACACACAUUGUCUAGCGUACUUUGUUUUUGUUGACAAUUGGGAAGUUUACCGACAAAUUUGUGGUUUCCAUCAGGCCUUUACUCAUAUAAAAAGGUUGGAUGGAGACCUGGUUAUUGAGAGCGAAAAAUAAUAAUAAUGUAAAAUCAGAAACCUGUGAAUUUCUGACUCAGUUGACAGGCUCAUUUAUCUAUUUCAAUAGUAGGCCUAAUAUUAGCCUACUUGCACAGUACAGGUUUUUUGGCAAAUAAGAGUAUACCCACUUCUCCAGGCACCACUACACCACUGAUUAUCAGUCAUAGGUUGGGGAGAGUGGGCUAAGUUGAACCAAAGGGGUAAGUUUAGCCACCCUUGUAUCUAGGAAAGCAUACUGAAAAUUUAUAAUUUGACCAAAUAUUUUGGAAGAGGUCAUUAUUUCAUGGAGUCUAUGAAAGAAGAAACCACAUGGAACAAGCUCCCCCACAACGCCAGGACAGCGGCGUCACUGACCACCUUCCGGAGACACUUGAAACCCUACCUCUUUAAGGAAUACCUGGAAUAGUCCCCCCCCCCCCCCCCCCAUAAAAAAAAGUGGUUGUCCCACUGGCUAUCCUAAGUUGAAUGCACUAAUUUGUAAAUCGCUCUGGAUAAGAGCAUCUGCUAAAUGACUUAAAUGUAAAUAUAAAAAAGUGGUAAGCAAGUUAAGUCCAAAAAACUGAUUUUCACCAAGUCAAAUGCAUUUAUUGUGUUAGAGGUUUUAUGAUGCUUGUAUCUAAACCAAAGUAGAUCGUUUUAAGAUUGUUCUAUACAUCAGUUGGGGUCUCUAUAAGCUUCAAUAUGAGGUCCUAAACAGAAUUAAAGUGCAUCCUUGUAGCCAAGGCUAUAAAUUAGCAUUUUUCAUUGGUAACACUGUUGCUCCCAACUUUAAAAAGUUAGGAGCAGCACAUGAAAUUUAGGAGCACCAGAAAAUGAGAUUUUUUGUAUUGAUUGAGAUACAACCUACAUUGGGCUUAUAUGAAUACUAGCUACUUUUGAAUUACAUGUUGUGCACUAGAAACUAAUAUGUAACACUGUAAAGACAUUCAUUUAUUAUAAAAGCUAAAAUGUUGAUACGAAUACCUGUUAUUGAAAUUAUAAAGUCGUUUGUGGUAUAUUAGGUUUCUACAUUUUGUAAAAGCACAAUUUUCCUAAGGAGAUGCAUUACAUUGACAAUUGUACACUGUCUCUUUAAAAAUGUCAGGCUUGUGAUGUUGACAUGUAAGAGAUCUCUCAUUCAUUCAUUACUAUGAUCAUUGAUCUCCUGAAGAAGCUAACCAUCACACUACCAUCGCCAUGCUUGACCGUUGGUAUGAGGUUCUUACUGUGGAAUGCAGUGUUUGGUUUUCGCCAAGCAUAAUGGGACCCAUGUCAUCCAAAAAGUUAUACUUUUGACUCAUCUGUCCAUAGAACAUUGUUCCAAGAGUCUUGAUGAUCAUCCAGGUGCUUCCGGGUGCUUUUUGGCAAACUUGAGUCAACUUUUUGGACGACAUGGGUCCUAAUGUUCCUAAUGUUUUGUACACUCAGUGUAUUUGUUAGAAAUAAUACUAUAUUUCUCCUGACGGAGUGAUGCUGAAUGUUUAAAAAAAAUCAACUUACCCAACUCUUCCCUACAUGCUAUAUCAGCAACAACAGGGGUCACACUAGGGUCUCUCUAAUGCACUUGAAUGUUUGACUGUGUUUCAGGAUGGAGUCCACAGAAAGGUGUGAAGCCAUUAUUCAAAAUUUUAAUGGCAAAUUCAUUAAGACUCCACCGGGAGUUCCAGGUGAGCAGAUCUCUCUACCUGUCUCAUCUAUGUGUUCUCCACCAAGCCCAGAUGUUAUGAUACCACCUCAGUCAUUCACUUCAGAUGGCAAAUCAAGAGCUGUGUCCAGAAACAAUCGCUAUCCCCUACCCCCUUCAAAUGUGUGGAGAUCUGAGAGGAUUGGACAGGUAUAAGCAAUAUGGCACAACUUCAAUCUAGCCUACACUGUAAAAAAAAUCUAGUUGUUUAAACUUAAGUAACUGGUUCCACUGUCUUUUUUAAGUUUACUAAACUUUUCUGUCAAAAUGUUACCUGAAUUUAACAUUUUUAGUUGGCCCAAACUUAGUUCCAACAUGAGAAAACAUAGGCAAAAAUUAUGUCAACUUAAAAUGUGUUUGCUCAAUUUGUCUCGUCUGUUCAUUCAACUAUAAAUUAUUAUUUUGGAAUUUUACCCCACAAAAUGGAUGUGGACCUAGUUACACACAGGCAGUGCUUAUAACAUACAAUGUUUUCAACUUACAUUUCUGAUACACGUUGACACAAAGUCUUUUGUUUUAGGUAAGAUGCCAAAAAUGAUAAUUUCUAGUUCAAUGAACAUACGGUACAAGACAAAUUAAGCAAACACAUCAGUUUAAGUUGACAUCAUUUUUGCCUACGUUUUCUCAUGUUUGGGCCAACUAAAAGUGUUAUGUUCAGGUAACACUUAGACAGAAAAGUUUAGCAAAGGAAAAAAAGGCUGUGGAACCAGUUACUUAAUAACAGUUAGUUUACAUUUCUAGAUUUGUGGGUGUUUCAGAGGUAAAGGUGGAGCUAACACCAUAUUGCUUAAACCUAUCAAAUCCUCUCAUAUCUCCACACGUAUCUAGAGGUUAGUAGUCUCAGAAACCCAGACCACUAGGUCUGGGGAGGAUGUCUGAUUCUCUUGGACAUUUCGAAAGAGGAAAAACAUUUGUUCCGGCGAAUGUUCUCUUCAGACAGACAACUCUCCCAACAAAUCACGAGUUUGGGUAGGUGGGGCUUCAAAUGCGGGCAGGAAUUGUGCUCAUGUUUAGCUAGGGAAAAGUCUAAGUGGGAUCCUUACAUCACCCUAUUGAAGUUGACAUUUUUAAACGGUUAAAGGGUUAGGGUUAGGUUGUGAUUGUGGUUAAGGUAACUUUAAGCAUCAGUUGUCAGAGCAGCUUACCGACCACUGCACCUGUACACAUCCCCAUAUUGUUAUUUAUUUUUCUCAUUUGCAUCCCCAUAUCUCUAUUUGCACAUCAUCUUCUGCACAUCUAUCAUUCCAGUGUUAAUACUAAAUUGUAAUUAUUUUGCACUAUGGCCUAUUUAUUGCCUUAGCUCCAUAACUUACUACAUUUGCACACACUGUAUGUAGAUUUUCUAUUGUGUUAUUGACUGCACGUUUUGUUUAUCCCAAAUGUAACUCUGUGUUGUUGUUGUUUUUAUCGCACUGCUUUGCUUUAUCUUGGCCAGGUCGCAGUUGUAAAUGAGAACUUGUUCUCAACUGGCUUACCUGGUUAAAUAAAGGUGGGAAAAAAAAGUUAGGGUUAGGGUUGGGGUUAAGGUUAGGGUUUAGGGUAUGGACGUACCAAGGAUCCCACUUAGCAUCUGCCAUUUCGCUAGGGCAACAAGCGGAUACGGCAGUGACGUCACCGGUGACGCAUGUCCCAUUUCCGACACCUCCUCUCUGUCCCAACUGAUGCCGGAACUUCUAAAGACAUGUAAACUGGAGCAUUGGUACAUUGUUGGAGGCAGCCCAUCUGUCUAGAGCGACUAAGAGGCUAGGGGCUGGGGGUUUUGUCUGAACAGGACCUUGGUCUCUGAUCCCAGGCUCCUGGCAUUACUCCUCAACUCUUCCUGUGGAUUGUUAUUCCUAGCCUCCCAUGGAAUUGACCCUCUGAUUUCGUCUGUUUCUCUCUCCCACAGUGCCCCCGGAACCAUUAUUGUGCAAGUUUGCAGACGGGGGACAGAAAAAGAGGCAGAACCAGGGGAAGUACAUUCAGAAUGGCAGGCCCUGGGCCAGGGAUGGAGAGAUGGUGAGGGGAUUGAUUACACGGGUGGAGGAUUUCAUUUAUUUCUUUUUUGGAGUUCGAGACUGCAUGUUAGUUCCAAAAAAACUUUAAACAAGAGGUCAUUGUCAAAGCAAGAUAGAGCUGGAAUCUGAUCUCACAGAGAUAUGGAUUGUGUGUCUAACCCUAAACAUUCUUAAAGGGGCAGUGCAGUUAAAAACAUUGUUUAAUGAUAUUUCCACACUACAAGGUCAAAAUAACACUCUGAAAUUGUGAAAAUGAUAAUGCCCUUUUUGUGUAAGAGCUGUUUGAAAAAAAUGCCUGAAAUUUCAACCUGUUCAGGUGGGAUGGAAAUGUUGGCUCACAUCAUGACGUUGCAAUGUGAUCUGAUUAUAAUAUACCAAUGACUGUCCAUCUGGGUAAGGGGGUGGGCUCUAGACCAUCCUAUCAGCGAAUCAGCGCUGACCAGCUGGCAAGUGUCGUUACUGCCAUUUUCAACCUAUCCCAGACCCGGUCUGUAAUACAAACUGGGAUAGUCCCCGUGCCCAAGAACGCCAAAUCAAAUCAAAUCAAAUUUUAUUUGUCACAUACACGUGUUUAGCAGAUGUUAUAGCGGGUGUAGCUAAAUGCUUGUGCUUCUAGCUCCGACAGUGCUGUAAUAUCUAACAAGUAAUAUCAAUUUCACAACAUAAACCCAAUACACACAAAACUAGUGAGGAAUGGGAUUUAAGAAUAUAUACAUAUAUGGACAAGUAAUGACAGAGCGGCCUGGACUAAGAUACAGUAGAAUGUUAUAGAAUAGAAUACAGUAUAUACAAAUGAGAUGAGUAGUGUAAACAUUAUUAAAGUGACUAGUGUUCCAUUUCUUAAAGUGGCCAGUGAUUUCAAUAGGCAGCAGCAGCCUCUAAUGUGCUAGUGAUGGCUAUUUAACAGGCUGAUGGCCUUGAGAUAGAAGCUGUUUUUCAUUCUCUCUGUCCCAGCUUUGAUGCACCUGUACUGACCUCGCCUUCUGGAUGAUAGCGGGGUGAACAGGCAGUGGCUCGGGUGGUUGAUGUCCUUGAUUAUCUUUUUGGCCUUCCUGUGACAUCGGGUACUAUAGGUGUCCUGGAGGGAGGUUAGUUUGCCCUCUGUAAUGCGUUCGGCAGACUGCACCACCCUCUGGAGAGCCCUGCGGUUGUGGGCGGUGCAGUUGCCGUACCAGGCGGUGAUACAGCCCGACAGGAUGCUCUCAAUUGUGCAUCUGUAAAAGUUUGUGAGGGUUUUAGGUGCUAAGCCGAAUUUCUUCAGCCUCCUGAGGUUGAAGAGGCUCUGUUGCGCCUUCUUCACCACACUGUCUGCGUGGGUGGACCAUUUCAGUUUGUCGGUGAUGUGUACGCCAAGGAACUUGAAGCUUUCCACCUUCUCCACUGCGGUCCCGUCGAUGUGGAUAGGGGGGUGCACCCUCUGCUGUUUGCUGAAGUCCACGAUCAUCUCCUUUGUUUUGUUGAUGUUGAGUGAGAGGUUAUUUUCCUGGCACCACACUCCCAGAGCCCUCACCUCCUCCCUGUAGGUGGUCUCGUCAUUGUUGGUAAUCAAGCCUACUACUGUUGUGUCAUCUGCAAACUUGAUGAUUGAGUUGGAGGCGUGCUUGGCCACGCAGUCAUGGGUGAACAGGGAGUACAGGAGGGGGCUGAGCACGCACCCUUGUGGGGCCCCAGUGUUGAGGAUGAGCGAAGUGGAGAUGUUGUUUCCUACCUUCACCACCUGGGGGCGGCCCGUCAGGAAGUCCAGGACCCAGUUGCACAGGGCUGGGUUCAGACCCAGGGCCUCGAGCUUAAUGAUGAGCUUGGAGGGUACUAUGGUGUUGAAUGCUGAGCUAUAGUCAAUGAACAGCAUUCUUACAUAGGUAUUCCUCUUGUCCAGAUGGGAUAGGGCAGUGUGCAGCGUGAUGGCGAUUGCAUCGUCUGUGGAUCUAUUGGGGCGGUAAGCAAAUUGAAGUGGGUCUAUGGUGACAGGUAAGGUAGAGGUCAUAUAAUCCUUGACUAGUCUCUCAAAGCACUUCAUGAUGACAGGUGAGUGUUACAGGGCGAUAGUCAUUUAGUUCAGUUACCUUUGCUUUCUUCGGUACAGGAACAAUGGUGGCCAUCUUGAAGCAUGUGGGAAUAGCCGACUGGGAAAGGGAGAGAUUGAAAAUGUCCAUAAACACACCAGCCAGCUGGUCUGCGCAUGCUCUGAGGACGCGGCUAGGGAUGCCGUCUGGCCGGCAGCCUUGCGGGGGUUAACAUGCUUAAAUGUCUUAAUCACGUCGGCCACAGAGAAGAAGAGGCCACAGUCUUUGGUAGUGGGCCUCAUCAGUGGCACUGUGUUAUCCUCAAAGCGGGCGAAGAAGGUGUUUAGCUUGUCUGGAAGCGAGACAUCGGCGUCGGCGACGUGGCUUGUUUUCUUUUUGUAGUCCGUGAUUGUCUGUAGACCCUGCCACAUACGUCUCGUGUCUGAGCCGUUGAAUUGCGACUCCAUUUUGUCUCUAUACUGAUGUUUUUCCAGCUUAAUUGCCUUGCGGAGUGAGUAGCUACACUGUUUGUAUUCUGCCAUAUUCCCAGUCACCUUGCCAUGGUUGAAUGCGGUGAUUCGCGCUUUCAGAUUUGCACGUAUGCUGCUGUCUAUCCACGGUUUCUGGUUAGGGUAGGUUUUAAUAGUCACAGUGGGGACAACAUCACCUAAACACUUCCUGAUAAACUCAGUCACCGUUUCAGUGUACAGUGAUCCCUCGCCACUUCGCGGUUCACUUAUCGCGGAUUCGCUAUUUCGCGGAUUUUCAUAAUGCAUUUUUUUUUUUUUGGUGCAUUGUGCUCUGCAUUCUGAUUCGCUAAAAACUCACUCCCGCUUCUUGUAUCAAAACAUGCUACGAAUUGUGCUAUCAUUUUGUCGUCUCGUGCAGUUAUGUGUACGUACAUAAAACAGCUUGGCAAAUUUACAUUAAGUUGGCCAAAUUAUCUUGUAAUUUCGAACAUCUCCUAAACCCAUAAUGUCGACGAAACGGCCUGGACCGACAAAAGCACCUGCGGAUGGGCCCAAACGGCGGAAGAUGCUACCUAUCUCAGAUAAAGUUAAACUUCUGGACAUGCUAAGGGAAGGUAAAAGCUAUGCAGCCGUUGCUCGCCAUUACGGAAUCAAUGAAUCUUCCGUUCGUUACAUAAAGAAGGAGGAAAAAAACAUAAGGACGACAGCAGCAGUCAAUGAGGAGGAAGGACUAACGCUUGGUCGCUUAGCAACCAUGGUGCGAAUGGCCACUGAACUUAAGCGAGUAGCUGAGGAAUGGGACCCUUUGAUGAGCCGUUCAUUACAGUUCUCCAACGUAAUCGAUGGUGGCAUGUCGGUGUACAAGGAUCUUUUUGCAAAGAAGAAAAAAGAGCGACAACAGCUGCCUAUCACUAUGUUCUUCUCCCGAACAAACACACCUGCACCGCGGGCUUCAGAAGAAGAGAACACUGCAGAGCGCAGUCAGGAUGCAGCGGCCCAGUCUGAAGAGCAGUGAAACGGCCUACACGUGAGUCACUGUAUUUGUAUACAUGUAAUAGUUGCUAAUUGUAAAAAAAAAAAAGUUUUCUAUUUCGCGGAUUUCACUUAUCGCGGGUCAUUUUCGGAACGUAACCCCCGCGAUAAACGAGGGAUUACUGUAUACGUCUAAAUUAUUUUCAGAAGCUACCCGGAACAUAUCCCAGUCCGCAUGAUCAAAACAAUCUUGAAGUGUGGAUUCCGAUUGGUCAGACCAGCGUUGAAUAGUCCUUAGCACGGGUACUUCCUGUUUGAGUUUCUGCCUAUAGGAAGGGAGAAGCAAAAUGGAGUCGUGGUCAGAUUUGCUGAAAGGAGGGCGGGGGAGGGCCUUAUAACCAUCACGGAAGUUCGAAUAGCAAUGGUCGAGGAUUUUAGCAGCGCGAGUACAACAGUCGAUAUGUUGAUAGAACUUCGGCAGCCUAGUCCUCAAAUUUGCUUUGUUAAAAUCCCCGGCUACAAUAAAUGCAGCCUCAGGAUAUGUGGUUUCCAGUUUGCAUAAGGUAUCUUGGGAGAUAAUACCGUCGGCAUUUGAUUGUGAGAUAUUCAAGGUCCGAGUGCCUCUCCUCCGCCGGCGAUGUUUUGGAGGUAGAGGCUGUUGAUUGCGUGUGCUAGCGGGCCGGUGCGAGCAGAUGGAUCUUCGUGGUCGUCGCAAUGGGAAGCCUGUUGAAACCACAUCAGACGAUUACGUCAGCAGACCAGUCAUGAUGGAUCGGCGGGGCUCUGUGUUGACACUAGGAGGUCCCGUCCGGUUGACAGAGAGGUAGAUAGCUGGGAGAUGGGCCUGGCUCGAGGCUAGCUCAAGGCUAACUGGUGCUAGCUUCGGGACAGUGGUGAUUAGCCAACAACAACAUCCAUUCGGUUGCAGCUAGCUAGUUGCGAUGAUCCGGUGUUAAGGUCCAGUGAUUCAGUGAUUCCGGCAGAAAAUCCGAUAUGUUCUGGGUCGAUAGCGCGCUGUGCAGACUGUGCAGACUGGCCGAUAAUUGUCCAGGCUAGAGCUGGCUGGUAGGUAGUGCAGGCCACGGACAAUGGUGAAAACCGCUAACGGUGGCUAAUAGCAAGUAGCUAGUUUCAGCCGGAGGUUCUAGAUAAAAAGGUAUAAGUAAUAAUAGAAUACGUUCCACAUUGGCUGAGGCGGGUUGCAGGAAAGUAUAUUUAGUUGAAGGAUGAAAAGUGACAUUGAAUGUGCAACCAGAGGAAAAAAACUCUAGACCACCUUUACUCCACACACAGAGACGCGUACAAAGCUCUCACUCGCCCUCCAUUUGGCAAAUCUGACCAUAACUCUAUCCUCCUGAUUCCUGCUUAUAAGCAAAAACUAAAGUAGGUUGCACCAGUGACUCGGUUAAUAAGGAAGUGGACAGAGGACGCAGAUGCUAAGCUACAGGACUGUUUUGCUAGCACAGACUGGAAUAUGUUCCGGGAUUCUUCCGAUAGCAUUGAGGAGUACACCACAUCAGUCACUGGCUUCAUCAAUAAGUGCAUCGAUGACGUCGUCCCCACAGUGACUGUACGUACAUACCCCAACCAGAAGCCAUGGAUUACAGGCAACAUCCCCACUGAGCGAAAGGGUAGAGCUGCCGCUUUCAAGGAGCGGGACUCUAACCCGGACGCUUAUAAGAAAUCCUGCUAUGCCCUCCGACGAACCAUCAAACAGGCAAUGAGUCAAUACAGGACUAAGAUUGAAUCGUACUACACCGGCUCCGAUGCUUGUCAGAUGUGGCAGGGCUUGCAAACUAUUACAGACUACAAAGGGAAGCACAGCCGCGGGCUGCCCAGUGACACAAGCCUACCAGACGAGCUAAAUCACUUCUAUGCUCGCUUCGAGGCAAGCAACACUGAAGCAUGCAUGAGAGCAUUAGCUGUUCCGGAUGACUAUGUGAUCACGCUCUCCGUAGCCGAUGUGAGUAAGACUUUUAAGCAGGUCAACAUUCACAAGGUGGAUUAUCAGGACGUGGACUCCGAGCAGGCGCUGACCAACUGGCAAGUGUCUUCACUGACAUUUUCAACAUGUCCUGACUGAGUCUGUAAUACCAACAUGUUUCAAGCAGACCACCAUAGUCCCUGUGCCCAAGAACACUAAGAUAACCUGACUAAAUGACUACCGACCCUUAGCACUCACGUAUGUAGCCAUGAAGUGCUUUGAAAGACUGGUCAUGGCUCACAUCCACACCAUUAUCCCAGAAACCCUAGACCCACUCAAUUUGCAUACCACCGCAACAGAUCCACAGAUGAUGUAAUCUCUAUUGAACUCCACACUGCCCUUUCCCACCUGGACAAGAGGAACACCUACAUGAGAAUGCUAUUCAUUGACUACAGCUCAGCAUUCAACACAAUAGUGCCCUCAAAGCUCAUCACUAAGCUAAGGACCCUGGGACUAAACACCUCCCUCUGCAACUGGAUCCUGGACUUCCUGACGGGCCGCCCCGAGGUGGUAAGGGUAGGUAACAACACAUCUGCCACGCUGAUCCUCAACACGGGGGCCCCUCAGGGGUGCGUGCUCAGUCCCCUCCUGUACUCCCUGUUCACCCAUGACUACAUGGCCAGGCCAGGCACGACACCAACACCAUCAUUAAGUUUGCCGACGACACAACAGUGGUAGCCUGAUCACUGACAACGAUGAGACAGCCUAUAGGGAGGAGGUCAGAGACCUGGCCGUGUGGUGCCAGGAGAACAAUCUCUUCCUCAACGUGAUCAAGACAAAGGAGACGAUUGGGGACUACAGGAAAAAAAAGAGGACUGAGCACGCCCCCAUUGUCAUCGACGGGGCUGUAGUGGAACAGGUUGAGAGCUUCAAGUUCCUUGGUGUUCACAUCACCAACAAACUAUCAUGGUCCAAACACACCAAGACAGUCAUGAAGAGGGCACGACAAAGCCUAUUCCCCCUCAGGAGACUGAAAAGAUUUGGCAACGGGUACUGCAUAUGGCCCAGUACAUCACUGUACCCCGUCUUUUACGCUGCUGCUACUCUGUUUAUUAUCUAUGCAUAGUCACUUUAACUCUACCCACAUGUACAUAUUACCUCAAUUACCUCGACUAACCGGUGCCCCCGCACAUUGACUCCGUACCGGUACCCCCUGUAUAUAGCCUCCCUACUGUUAUUUUAUUUUACUGCUGCUCUUUAAUUAUUUGCUAUUUCUAUUUUUUUACUAAUCUAUUUAUUAAUUUUUUAACUGCAUUGUUGGUUAAGGGCUUGUAAGUAAGCAUUUCACUGUAAGGUCUAUUCGGCGCAUGUGGCAAAUGACAUUUGAUUUGAUUUGAUUUGAAAGUGAAAUUAUGUUAGUAAUUUUUUUUGAACAAAUUAUUUACAAAUGAAAAGCUGAAAUGUCUUGAGUCAAUAAGUAUUCAACCCCUUUGUUAUGGCAAGCCUAUAUACACAACAUUGCCAAAAGUAUGUGGACACCCCUUCAAAUUAGUGGAUUCGGCUAUUUUAGCCACACCCGUUGCUGACAUUGGCAGUAGAAUGGCUCGUACUGAAGAGCUCAGUGUAGAUGCUCUACAUAUGCUCUAAAGACCCCGAUGGUCACUCUGACAGAGCUCCAGAGAUCCUCUGUGGAGAUGGGAGAACCUUCCAGAAGGACAACUAUCUCUGCAGCACUCCACCAAUCAGGCCUUUAUGGUAGAGUGGCCAGACGGAAGCCACUCCUCAGUAAAAGGCACAUGACAGCCCGCUUGGAUUUUGCCAAAAGGCACCUAAAGGACUCUCAGCCAUGAGAAACAAGAUUAUCUGAUCUGAUGAAACCAAGAUUGAAUUUGCGCUGAAUGCCAAGCGUCACGUCUGGAGGAAACCUGGCACCAUCCCUACAGUGAAGCAUGAUGGUGGCAGCAUCAUGCUGUGGGAAUGUUUUUCAGUGGCAGGGACUGGGAGACUAGUCAGGAUCGAGGGAAAGAUGAACGGAGUAAAGUACAGAGAUCUCCUUGAUGAAAACCUGCUCCAGAGCGCUAAGGACCUCAGACGGUUCACCUUCCAACAGGACAAUGACCCUAAGCACACAGCCAAGACAACGCAGGAGAGGCUUUGGGACAAGUCUCUGAAUGUCCUUGAGUGGCCCAGCCAGAGCCUGGACUUGAACCCGAUCGAACAUCUCUGGAGAGACCUGAAAAUAGCUGUGCAGCGACGCUCCCCAUCCAACCUGACAGAGCUUGAGAGGAUCUACAGAGAAGAAUGGGAGAACUCCCCAAAUACAGGUGUGCCAAACUUGUAGUGUCAUACCCAAGGAGACUCGAGGCUAUAAUCACUGCCAAAUGUGCUUCAACAAAGUACUGAGUAAAGGGUCUGAAUACUAAUAAUAAUGUGAUAUUUCCGUUUUUCAUAUUUAAUACAUUUGCAAAAAUUUCAAAAAAACGGUUUUUGAUUUGUCAUUAUGCGGUAUUGUGUGUAGAUUGAUGAGGAAAAAAACAAUUUAAUCAUUUUUAGAAUAAGGCUGUAAUGUAACAAAAUGUGGAAAAAGUCAAGGGGUCUGAAUACUUUCUGAAUGCACUAUAGCUAUCUCAAUUACCUCGUACCCCUGCACAUCGACUUGGUACUGGAACUCUCUGUAUAUAGCCAUAUUAUUUUUGACUCGUUAUUGGUAUUCGUUAUUCACUGUGUAUUUAUUCCUCGUGUCACUUUCUAUCUGCAUUGUUGGAAAAUGACCCGUAAGUAAGCAUUUCACUGUUAGUCUACACCUGUUGUUUACAAAGCAUGUGACAAAUAAACAUUUAUUUGAUUUGGUGUGUGUAUGGGUAAGGGGUGGGCUCUAGACCAUCCUAUCAGCCAAUCAGGGCUGUGUAUGUAAAUGUAUUCUAAUUUGUUUCCUAACACCAACAUGAGGAGACUGAGCAUUUCAAGGACCAAAGGAGGCUCAGGGAAUUAAAUGAUAGAAAAUAUAUUUUUGAGUUAUUUUCAUUUAAACAAACACACACAGUGAUUUAUUAGACAUACAGUGAUGAUUUUAAAAUAAAAUUACAAAGACUGCAUGGGGGCUUUAACAACUAUUUUUAUAUUAGAUUUUUAUAUGUGAUUGUGUCAUUUAUGUCUUUAUUCUGAAUGAUUUGUGUUGUUUUCCCAGGGAGGGAUGACGCUAGCAUAUGACCCCACAGCCUUACAGAAUGGGUGAGAAUAGAGACAAAAACAGAAAUUCAGCCCACCAACAAAAACAAGUCAUGUGUUUUGUCUGUGGUGAACUAGUGACUCCUGGUAGACGCAGAAGACAUUGCAACACUACUUUAUUUUAUUGCAAUCAUCUACUUCAGUGUAACAUUUUGUAGUUCAAUCAUUUGGCAUCACUUUAUAAUAACUUUCAUGCACAUGCGAUUAUAAAUGCUUAUUAAUGUUUAUAAAUGCUAUAAAAUAAUCUGACAGUCAUACAUCUUGAUUUGUGUGUGUGUUGUGCAGGUUCUAUUCGUCACCCUACAGUCUGACCCCAAACCGGAUGAUCGCCCAGACGUCCCUCUCUCCCUACAUGCAUUCACCCGUCUCAUCCUUCCAGGUCAAACACUGAACACACACACACACACAUCACUACCACCACCACCAAACCACCAUUCACAAAUGCAUGAAGGAGGACAUUUCUGUAGACGUUGGAGCUAUGUCAUUGUUAUUUUUCUAUCCAGAUUCAGAUUUCAUCUCCACUCAUUCUCCCCUGUUUGUUUGUGUGUAAAGAUCCAGUGUUUUCCUCCUCUCUCUCUCCAGCUACAUAGUCCCUCCUGGAUGCACCACCAGUCGUACCUCAUGCAGCCUGCAGUGAGUAUUAUAUAGUAUUAUCUACCUCUGCUGCUGCAGCUUCCUCCUUACUAUUCCCUUUACAUCUGGUUAGCUUGCUGUUCUGCUCAUCUAUCUCUCUAUCUCUCCUCUUCUCUUUGUCAUUCUGUCUCUAUUUAUAUUCCUCUCUCUUUCUCUCUCUCCCUCUAUCUCUCUGUCAAUCUCUAUAAUCAUGUCUCUGAAUUAUUGGCUAUUUGUCCUUCUCUUCGUUGGAACCCCCCCCCCCCCCCCCCCCCCUCUCUCUUUAUCCAUCUCUCUCCCUCCACUUCUCUCAGUGUCUCACAUACCCUUUUUCUCUCUCUCCUUCCCUUUCUCUCCCUCCACCUCUCUCCCAGGGCACAGUCCUGACUCCGACCAUGGACCAUGCCAUGUCUAUCCAGCCCACCUCCAUGAUGGGCACCAUGACCCAGCAGCUCAGCCACCUAUCCCUGGGCAGCACGGGCACGGUUAGUACCCUACAGAUACCCACUCCACCUCCACCCUACACUCCCUUCAACUACCCACUCUACUACCCCACCCCCAUUGAACUAACCUGAAUUGAGUUAACGUGAAUCGAGUUGUACUGAUUUGCAGUUGAAAGUGAAGAGAAAAUCAGUUGCCUGUGUCUCAGUUUGAUCUCUACACAGUAAUAAUGACUGAUGAUUUCUUCUCCUCUCGUCCUGUCACAGUUUAUGCCUGCCAACACAACUAUGCAGGGGACAUACAUACCCCAGUACCAACCAGUGCCUCCCUCCAGUGUCCCUGUAGAGGUGAGCCCCCGACCGACACCAUAAGCAUUAACUAUGCAGAACAAGUUAAGGGGAUGACAAAAGGGGGUUUAUUUUACAAAAGAGUUCAACAACCAAUCAAUUACUUAAGCAGUUUAUAACUCAGCGACCUAUUACUACUGUUCCACUCCAUUUCCUUCCUUUUCUUGCAGGAGAACGGAGGACAACAGCAACAGGUUGCUAUGGAGACACCUGCAGAACACACAAACUACUCAUACCAGCACACCAAGUGAAGCUAAGGUAGGGUUAUGUCAAACAUCAGCUGUCCGGUGCCAUCCUUGAGGCAAGGAAGACUCUUUCAAUUCAGUUUGAAGUCUCAACCCCUCCCUGUACAGUCGUGGUCAAAUGUUUUGAGAAUGACACAAGUAUUGGUCUUUACAAAGUUCGCUGCUUCAGUGUUAUGAGAUAAUUUUGUCAGAUGUUACUAUGGUAUACUGAAGUAUAAUUACAAGCAUUCCAUAAGUGUCAAAGGCUUUUAUUGACAAUUACAUUAAGUUUAUGCAAAGAGUCAAUAUUUGCGGUGUUGACCCUUCUUUUUCAAGAUCUCUGCAAUCUGCCCUGGCAUGCUGUCAAUUCACUUCUGGGCCACAUCCUGACUGAUGGCAGCCCAUUCUUGCAUAAUCAAUGCUUGGAGUUUGUCAGAAUUUGUGGGGUUUUGUUUGUCCACCCGCCUCUUGAGGAUCGACCACAAGUUCUCAAUGGCAUUAAGGUCUGGGGAGUUUCCUGGCCAUGAACACAACAUUUCGAUGUUUAGUUCCCCGAGCCACUUGGUUAUCACUUUUGCCUUAUGGCAAGGUGCUCCAUCAUGCUGGAAAAGGCAUUGGUCAUCACCAAACUGUUCUUGGAUGGUUGGGAGAAGUUGCUCUCGGAGGAUGUGUUGGUAUCAUUCUUUAUUCAUGGCUGUGUUCUUAGGCAAAAUUGUGAGUGAGCCCACUCCCUUGGCUGAGAAGCAACCCAACACAUGAAUGGUCUCAGGAUGCUUUACUGUUGGCAUGACACAGGACUGACGGUAGCGCUCACCUUGUCUUCUCCGGACAAGGUGUUUUCCGGAUACCCAAACAAUCAGAAAGGGAAUUCAUCAGAGAAAAUGACUUUACCCCAGUCCUCAGCAUCACUGACAUGAUGGCAGCUGGUCCUUUUGUGGCAGGGCUGAAAUGCAGUGGAAUUGUUUUUUGUGAUUAAGUUCAUUUUCAUGGCAAAGAGGGACUUUGCAAUUAAUUGCAAUUCAUCUGAUCACUCUUCAUGACAUUCUGGAGUAUAUGCAAAUUGCCAUCAUCAAAACUGAGGCAGCAGACUGUGAAAAUUAGUAUUUGUGUCAUUCUCAAAACUUUUGACCACGACUGUACAGUGGCUUGCAAAAGUAUUCACCCCCCUUGGCAUUUUUUCUAUUUUGUUGCCUUACAACCUGGAAUUAAAAGGGAUUUUUUGGGGGGUUGUAUCAUCUGAUUUACACAACAUGCCUUCCACUUUGAAGAUGCAAAAUAUUUUUUUAUUGUGGAACAAACAAGAAAUAAGACAAAAAAACAGAAAACUUGAGCAUGCAUAACUAUUCACCCCACCAAAGUCAAUGCCUUGUAGAGCCACCUUUUGCAGCAAUUACAGCUGCAAGUCUCUUGGGGUAUGUCUCUAUAAGCUUGGCACAUCUAGCCACUGGGAUUUUUCCCAUUCUGCAAGGCAAAACUGCUCCAGCUCCUUCAAGUUAUAAUAUAAAUAAUAUGCCAUUUAGCAGACGCUUUUAUCCAAAGCGACUUACAGUCAUGUGUGCAUACAUUUUUACGUAUGGGUGGUCCCGGGGAUCGAACCCACUACCCUGGCGUUACAAACGCCAUGCUCUACCAAUUGAGCUACAGAGGACCAGCAAUCUUUAAGUCAUACCACAGAUUCUCAACUGGAUUGAGGUCUGGACUUUGACUAGGCCAUUCCAAUACAUUUAAAUGUUUCCCCUUAACCCACUCGAGUGUUGCUUUAGCAGUAUGCUUAGGGUCAUUGUCCUGCUGGAAGGUGAACCUCCAUCCCAGUCUCAAAUCUCUGGAAGACUAAAACAGGUUUCCCUCAAGAAUUUCCCUGUAUUUAGCGCCAUCCAUCAUUCCUUCAAUUCUGACCAGUUUCCCAGUCCCUGCCGAUGAAAAACAUCCUCACAGCAUGAUGCUGCCACCACCAUGCUUCACUGUGGGGAUGGUGUUCUCAGGGUGAUGAGAGGUAUUGGGUUUGCGCCAAAAAGCUCAAUUUUAGUCUCAUCUGUUUUAGUACCUUCUUCCAUAUGUUUGGGGAGUCUCCCACAUGCCUUUUGGCGAACACCAAACGUGUUUGCUUAUUCUUUUGGUUUUUUUCUGGUCACUCUUCCGUAAAGCCCAGCUCUGUGGAGUGUACGGCUUAAAGUGGUCCUAUGGACAGAUACUCCAAUCUCCGCUGUGGAGCUUUGCAGCUCCUUCAGGGUUAUCUUUGGUCUCUUUGUUGUCUCUCUGAUUAAUGCCCUACUUGCCUGGUCAGUGAGUUUUGGUGUGCGGCCCUCUCUUGGCAGGUUUGUUGUGAUGCCAUAUUCUUUCCAUUUUUUAAUAAUGGAUUUAAUGGUGCUCCGUGGGAUGUUCAAAGUUUCUGAUAUUUUUUUAUAACCAAACCCAGAUCUGUACUUCUCCACAACUUUGUCCAUGACCUGUUUGGAGAGCUCCUUGGUCUUCAUUGUGCAGCUUGCUUGGUGGUGCCCCUUGCUUAGUGGUGUUGCAGACUCUGUGGCCUUUCAGAACAGGUGUGACACUUAGAUUGCACACAGGUGGACUUUAUUUAACUAAUUAUGUGACUUCUGAAGGUAAUUGGUUGCACCAGAUCUUAUUUAGGGGCUUCAUAGCAAAGCAGGUGAAUACAUAUGCACGCACUUUCUGUUAUCAAUUUUUUUGAAUUUUUUGAAACAAGUUAUUUUUUUCAUUCCACUUCACUAAUUUUGACUAUUUUGUGUAUGUCCAUUACAUGAAAUCCAAAUAAAAAUCCAUUUAAAUUACAGGUUGUAAUGCAACAAAAUAGGAAAAACGCCAAGGGGGAUGAAUACUUUUGCAAGGCACUGUAUCUGCUAACUUAGUUUCAGUGUACAGGACAACUUAUAUGUUGUCCUUGCCUACUAGGUCCAUGUCAGAACAUUACAUGUAGGCGCCAAUUAAUGUUAUCACGGUUUACUAAAAAACAAAAGCUUGUCAGAUAUUGACCACUUUCAAAAAAACAUGUAUUUAUUUAUAUUAUGAUUUACACAGAUACAUUAUGAUAUGGAGAGUAUGUAGACUUAUUACAUUUUGGAUGUUACAUCUAUUAUGUAAAAGGAGUAGCGUGACAGAGGUAAGUGUGUGUGUUGCAGCUCGUGGUCAGGAGGCCAUGUUGCAGACUGAACCGCAGAGAGUUGGUUCUCUACAGGAGGAUAGCAGAGCUCCGCACAACAACACCAAGCAUCGGACUUGAACACGGAUGAAAAAAGGAACACGUGUGUGCUUUGAAAAAGAAGACAAUGCUUAUUUCGUUGGGACUUUUCCUCUCUCUUCUUCAAGAGUCUAUCAACCAUAGGUGGGAGCCUUCUGCAAUGGAAGCUUUGAUCUCUUUUAAUAACUGAAAAAAAGUAAAUAAACAAAGAAGUUUAACAAAGAAACAAAUUAGGAAAGGGAUAAAGACAGAGCGUUAUUUUUGGGCAUGUAAUAUAACAAAUUCUUCUUUUUUAUUUUAAAGCAUUCUGGAGUUUCAGAGUUAUACAAGGAAAAGAGUAACAACACAAUGUAUCUUUAAUUUUUGGAUAAAAUAUGCAAACAUUAAUUUUAAUUGUUUUAUGUCUAUUUUUGGACAUUCUAUUCACAGCAGUUGGACAAUGUUUUGUACAGAUUUUAAAAAGUAAAUAAACACAUUUAGUUGGUAUAAUAUUUCUAGUAUAGGCUACUUUUAAGAAUGGAAAAUGCUAAACAAACCGUUUAAAGCUACUUCUCCCUAAAACUGAUCCAGUAAGGCAAAACUCAGUUAACUCACUGGCAGAUGGUAACAUUCAUUAUUUAUAAAUUAUUUAAAAUAAUGUCAAACUUAAACCUUAUUAAGCAUUCCCUCAUAAACACUCCGAAUGUGUUAUGAGCAGAGGACAAUCAUGAUCAUUCUUAUUUAUAUGUACAUCAUAGUUCUAUUUUCGGAUAUUUGGAAAUAUUCAAACAUGUCACUUGCAUAUUGUGUAGAUUUUAUUUAAUGAAAUUCUUUAUUUAACAAGUCCGGUAAAAGCCAAACACUGGCAAUAAACAUAUUAUCACUUAUAAAAAAUUCAUAGGAGCUAAAUGAUAUAAAAAAGUAAGCAAAUCUGAUAUUGCUGUAAAACUUUGUUAUGAGAAGAAAAUUAACUAAUGUUUAUUUUGUUUAUAAU